AUGGCGUGGCUCUCGCUCAUCCUGUGGUUGGCGGCUCUGCAGUUCUGUUGGGUUCAUCCCUCGGCUCCGGCUGGACCGAACUGCCACGACGGCUCAGCCCCGGGAAGCGGGAACUCCCGCGUGGGUCCUGCCCCCUUCUUAAUUUUCUCCCACGGAAAUAGCAUCUUCAGAAUUGACCCGGAAGGAACCAAUUAUAAGAAACUGGUGGCCGACGCUGGCGUCUCACCCAUCCUGGACUUUCACUACAAGGAGCAAAGACUCUACUGGGUCCAUUUAGAACGUCGGCUGCUGCAAAGGGUUUUCCUGAAUGGAACUGGGCAGGAGACACUAUGUGUUAUACAGAAAAAUGUCUCGGGAAUGGCAAUAAAUUGGAUAAAUGAAGAAAUCAUUUGGUCAAAUCAGCAGGAAGGAAUCAUCACCGUGACAGAUAUGAAGGGAAACAACUCUCGGAUCCUCUUAAGCUCCUUAGAAUACCCUGCAAACAUAGCCGUUGAUCCAAUAGAAAGGUUCCUGUUUUGGUCCGCGGAGGAGGCAGGAGGCAGCCUGCACCGGGCAGAUCUCCAGGGCACAGGCGUGAAGACGCUGCUCCGGGGGGCAGAGAAAAUAGCAGCCGUGUCUCUGGACGUGGCCGAGAAGCGGCUCUUCUGGAGCCAGGAGCCGAGGGGAGGCGGCGGCCCUCACGUUUGCUCCUGCGGCUACGACGGGCGUUCCACGCAGUGCAGCGGACCUCUCCGGCCGAACCCUUUGUUCUCUAUGUCCCUUUUUGGUGAUCGCAUCUUCUAUUCUACGAGGGAGAAGACCAUUUGCGUCGCCAGCAAGCACACGGGGAGGGGGCUGGUCCAUCUCAGCCUCCCGCCACCACUUCUGCCCCCUGGGGGAAUUAGAGUGGUACAUCCGGGGCUCCAGCCCCCUGCAGAGGGUGCCACGUGCGGGUCCGCUCAGAGGAGCCGCGAGCCGUGGGCGGGCAGAGACGGAGACUGCGCCCGGGGCCAGGAGCCCGCAGCCCUGCUGUGCCCCUGCGCCCGGGGCUUCGCGCUCAGCCAGGAUGGAAAGUCCUGUGAAGACGUUGACGAGUGUGCCCUCCAGAGCCACGGCUGCACGCUGGGCUGCGAGAACACCCCCGGCUCCUACCACUGCACGUGUCCUGCGGGGUUCGUGCUGCUGCCGGACGGGAAACAGUGCCAGCGCUUUGUGCCCUGCCCCCGAGGCGCGCGGGGCUGCAGCCACGGCUGUGUCCUCACGCCCCGGGGCCCCACGUGCUUCUGUCCUGAGGGCUCCGUGCUUGGGGCGGACGGAAGAACCUGUUCCGGCUGCUCGUCCCCUGACCACGGCGGGUGCAGUCACCUCUGCCUCCAGCACGGCCCCGGCGCCUGGCGAUGUGGCUGCUUCCCCGGCUACGACCUCCACCAGGACGGAAAGCACUGCGUGGCCUCAGGCCCCGCGCCCUUUCUGCUGUUCACCAACGCUCACGACAUCCGCCGCGUGCGUUUUGAUGGAGCGGACUACAGCCGCGUGCUCGGGCAGCAGAUGGGCGCCGUCCAGGCCCUGGACUACGACCCCGUGGAGAACAAGAUGUACUUUGCCCACGCCACCCCCGGUGGGAUCGAAAGGGCCGACCUGGACGGGUCCCGGCGAGAGAGGCUCAUCGAGGAAGACGCGGGGGCGCCCGAGGGCCUCGCGGUGGACUGGCUGGGCCGUAAGCUCUACUGGACGGACAGAGGGAAAGCCCGCAUCGAACGGAGUGACUUAAACGGGAGCCAGCGCGAGACCGUCCUGAAGGCGGGUGUCACCCAGCCCCUGGGGAUCGCCGUGCACCCGGCGGCCAAGCGGUUAUUCUGGACCGACACGGGGACGCAGCCCCGAAUUGAGAGUUCUUCCCUCCAAGGCACUGACCGGCGGGUGGUCGCCAGCUCCGGUCUGGCCUGGCCCAGCGGCGUAGCCAUUGACUACCUAGCGGACACGCUCUACUGGUGUGACAUGGAGCGGGCGGUGAUCGAGAUGGCCAAUCUGGAUGGUUCCAAACGCCGGACGCUGGCCCAGAACGAUGUAGGGCGCCCGUUUGCCGUAGCCGUGUUCGAGGACCUUCUGUGGGUGUCGGACUGGGCGCGGCCCUCGCUCAGCAGGAUGGACAAGAGGACCGGUGGCCAGCGGGUGUGGCUGCGGGCCGGCAUGCAGAGACCCUCGGCCCUGGUCGUGGUGCACCCGCUGGCAAAGCCAGGAGCCGACCCCUGUGUCCAGCCCAACGGCCGCUGUGAGCAGCUUUGCAGAGAGGGGUCUGGAGCUGCCCAGUGCUCGUGCCCGGAAGGCUCCGAGAGAACCCCAGACGGCAAGAGGGGUCAGCCUGCGAAGGGGCACCCGGCAGGUGGUGACGCGGAUUCAGGUCCCAAAGUGAUGCCCUCAGAGGCCCCACCCAGCGGGAGCCCUGACGCCAACGUGACGGGGUCCCAGCCUGUGCCCGUGGUGGAGAUCACCGUGUCAGGGCAGGAGGACUGCGGCCCCCGGGGAUGCGGGCCCAACGCGCAGUGCGAGAACGCCACGUGCCGCUGUCUGCAGGGCUUUGCUGGGGACGGCGAACUCUGUCUGGAUCUCGACGAGUGCCAGCUGGGCACACACGCCUGCGGGGAGAACGCCACCUGUGCCAACACGGAAGGGGGCUACCGCUGCCUGUGCGCACCUGGCCAGAGCUGUCCCGGCUCGACCCCGCCGCCCCGUGACAGGGAGGGCGGCCAGCUCGUGGUGCGGACGUUCCACCAGGACUGCCCCGAGCUGUACAAGGACUACUGCCUGCACGGGGGCCAGUGCAUGUACUUCGAGGGGCUCGGAAAGGCCGCGUGCAGGUGCCUCGUGGGCUUCUCCGGGCCCAGGUGCGAGUUCGUGAACCUGGUGGACCUGCGCAGCGCCCGGCCCUGGAAGCCCGGGAGCGGCACGGUGGCCGCCGCCUGCCUGGGGGCGCUGCUCCUGCUGCUGCUGGCCACGCUGGGGCUGCUGCACUGCCACAGGGCUUGGAGACGGCGCCUGAACAUGCCCAAGGACCCCGCUGCAGCGUCCCGGGGCGGAGAAGCCCCCGCGGAGGCGGCCCCCGGCCCCCAGCCCUGGUUUGUGGUUCUGAAGGAACACCGGGACCAGAGCCGCGGGGGCCACCCAGAAGCCCUCGAGGACGGGGCAGACGCUGGUGGCCACAGGGCAGGCGCUGGCCAGCUCUCAGGGCCCGUGCUGCCGACUGCGUGCAGGACACCGCCACCGCCGCCGAGGGCAGAGAGCACAGAGCCCGUUCUCCGCCUCGCGCCCUCUCCGCAGCCGGGCCCCGACCCCGCUCCCCAGGCGCCCACAGGGGCCUCCUAGCCGCCCGGCGCUGGGCCCCUCCCCUCCCGGGCACGCGCCCUCUCUGGCAGCGAACACAGAGCGGACUCGGGGGGCAGCCAUGAAGCGAGGCUGGCGGGGCGCAGGGCUGAGUCCUGGUGCAGGGGGGAGGCGCUUGCCCGGCCCGGGCUCGCCCCGGCUGGACCCCGGCCCCCUGUGUGCUCCCCCGGGCCCCUCCAGGAAUGAUUCCGCAGCACGGAGCCGGGCAUAAGCCCCGGGCACAGCCGGCCCCAUAACCCACACGAGUGAAAGCCAAGGGCUGGGGAGGGCGUCCGGGGAAGGCACGCGCCCCAGCAUGCCCGCAGCAGACAGGCCCCCGAGCGCCCCCCAAGCCAGCCCUGGGCACAAAAAGCAAAAACAGCCAGGAGGAGAAUGAGCAGCAGAGAGGAGAGGACCGACCCGGAUGCUGCCUCCACGGUCCUGGCCUCAGAGGGGGCCCUGCCCCCUGCCCGAGGGGCACCCGCAUGCCACUGCGCCCGCUGCUCCCUCCACAGUGCUCCCCCACCAGACCAACCCUGCAGACCUGCUCGGUGCCAUUAGGAGAUAAAGUCGGGAGCUGCCCUUUUGUGAUCUGUGUUUCUGUGUUUCUCCUCGAAUCCGUAGAGAUCGGGGGCCCCCUCUCAGCCCCCUCCCCGCCCCCCGGCAGCCCCAGAAGAAAUCUGGGCUCACUGCAGGCAGUCACACUGAUGGGGACAAUUUUCUGUCCUUUUGUCUGGACAGAACAUUGAGUUCAAGCUCAGGGAAUGGCCAGAACACUGGAAUCGCAGCGAUGAGUCAUUCACGCGGCCUUGCGGGAGGGACCAGGGCGAAGGCGUGCGAGUGCCUCACGCAGAGCCCGGCUCCGCCCGAACCCCACACUCUGCUCCCUCUCGUUGGAAGGUCCCUGAGUGCAGGCGGAGAGAAAGGGGACAGCGAGGAAGGCUCG